CUCGCGGCGGCGCUAAGUCGCUAACCCUAUGCCCGAGCUGCUCCUAAAAAAAACUGCUCCGCUGUUCGUCAACGCUGCGCCGCCGCCGUUCUCCGUCCCGGCGGCGAGCUUCGGCAACUGAUCUGCUUCGGCGUAGGUGCCUUCCACUCCCCCGUACUCUUCCUCCGCAGCCCCCCACGGUUGGUCUCUUUACCCUUUUCUCUCCCUCUCAAUGUCUGUUCCUACAGCGUUUUCCAUGGCGGGCCGAUGUCCAAUAGUAAUCUCGCUGCACCGCUCUCUCCGUCUCUCGGUAUCCACAGUCGUCUCUCGUGCGACUUUACUCCUUCCUGUUCGUGCGACUUCAAUCAGAUCGCUAACAGCGGAUUCACGGCGAUCCCUUCUGAAUCCCUCUCCGGCGGCGGGAGCAGGAGUGUGGCGACUUGACCCUUGGAGUUGAGGAGAGGCAACGAGGAUGUGGGCACGAGGAGGCAGUGGAGUCUUCCCGGUGGAGUUGAGGUGAGGCAAAUAGCCAAAGACGACGCUGGGCGUGAGGCGGCGGCGGCGGCGGCCUUAGCUCGUGCUCUCCAUCACUCUUUUUUUUUUUGUUGAGGCCUCUUAAAACAUUUCAACCUCCAUCUUGCGCAAAUUAGUCCAUGUCAAAUUGUAAUCCUCCUGAUGUCCUGUCCUGCCGCUCUUCAUUUCCGUAGCUGCUACAAUUCCAACGUUAAGGUCUUGUUGAGGAAGGACGGCAAGCUGAUCAACUGCCGCCUCUGGUUCAGACUACAGGAAACGCUAGGCAAAGAUUAGCAUAACUUGAGGAAUUAUGCUCCCAGCCCUUCUUGUUUGAGAUUCCCCCCUGUGCUCUCUAAUUAUCUCUUAAGAGAGUAAUAUUAUUACUGCAUGCCAAGUGUUUUUGUUAUAAAAAAGUUGUUGAUAUUUACACCUAAAAUAGAUUCUGAACUGAUCCAGGUACAGAUGCAUAUUCCAUGUAAUUCCCAACUGAUACCACUUAUUUAAAGUAAUUCCUAACAGGAAUGAGAAUAUUUGUUUGGUAAGACUUGUGAAUUUUCAUUUUUAAACAUGGGAUAUGCAAUGCAUAUAAUGGAGAUUGUAUUAUUGUGCCCUAUGAAGCAGAUGCACAGAGGACAUUCUUAUCUGUAAACAAACUUAUUAUGGCAUGGUUAUCGGGGAUUCAGAUUAGGAUUUGACACCAUUUGGCUGUUCUGGACAAAGCCGACUGUUACAACCCUUUACUCUGCCCUCAGCAUGUUCCAUAACCCUUCUUUUCUCUCCUUUUUAUGUAUCUUGUUGUAAUAUGCAGAUUAUAACAAGGCGUCGAAUCCCAGAUUACGACGAUUAAAAUGAAACAGGGAGCCAGACUUUAAUGGAUUCAUUUCAUGAAUUUUAUUUGAGAUAUGUAUUUUAACUGGUCGUACCUAUAAAAAGCUUGACCAACAUGCCAUAUAGCAUAUGAUGUAUUUUUUUUUUGGAAGAACUGUUGAGCAUCAUAGUCAUCCUACAAAAAUAUGUUAGACCGAAAAAAUCCAAAAUAGUAUUCUGUGCAAGCAUAACAAGUUGUUCUAUAAAUGGAUAUAAUAGGCAAACACAAGUUGUACCAGGCUAUUAUUGUGCCCUAUGAAGCAGAUGCACAGAGGACAUUCUUAUCUGUAAACAAACUUAUUAUGGCAUGGUUAUCAGGGAUUCAGAUUAGGAUUUGACACCAUUUGGCUGUUCUGGACAAAGCCGACUGUUACAACCCUUUACUCUGCCCUCAGCAUGUUCCAUAACCCUUCUUUUCUCUCCUUUUUAUGUAUCUUGUUGUAAUAUGCAGAUUAUAACAAGGCGUCGAAUCCCAGAUUACGACGAUUAAAAUGAAACAGGGAGCCAGACUUUAAUGGAUUCAUUUCAUGAAUUUUAUUUGAGAUAUGUAUUUUAACUGGUCGUACCUAUAAAAAGCUUGACCAACAUGCCAUAUAGCAUAUGAUGCAUUUUUUUUGGAAGAACUGUUGAGCAUCAUAGUCAUCCUACAAAAAUAUGUUAGACCGAAAAAAUCCAAAAUAGUAUUCUGUGCAAGCAUAACAAGUUGUUCUAUAAAUGGAUAUAAUAGGCAAACACAAGUUGUACCAGGCUACUAUCGUGUAGUUAAUUAUCAAACAUAUACUCCCUCGGUCCGAAAAAGCUUGUCCCUCAAAUGAAUGCAUCUAAUAUCAAAUUAGUGCUAGAUACAUCCAUCCAAGGGACAAGCUUUUCCGGACGGAGGGAGUAAAUCACAUGUUACAAAUGAGAUAUAUUUUUUAUUUAUCAUUCAACCAAAUGAUCAAUAACUUCUCAGCUUUUAGUGCGAUGAUGUUUUUCUUACAAUGUAGAAACUUCUCCACAAGUUAAUGUCUUAUAUGAUUUUGGGUAAUGAAGCACCUGGGGUACUGUGUUGUUUAUCUUCCACCUCGACAUGAAGGCUCGGCAACUGAGGAGAGGGGUCGCCAUCAUGCAAAGGCAUAGCAAACUAUGUGUCUCCACAUCCACCUGCAUGUUCGGGCUCCAAGAUUGGGCAGACCUCCCGAAGGAUCUGUUGCAAUCAGUAUUCUCUCGCUUAGGCUCGAUCCUUGACCUUCUCGCCUUUGUUGCAACCUGCCGUUCUUGGCGGGUUGCAUUAACUUCAUACUCAUCCAAAUCCACCUUAUGCACUUUAUUCCCGCCUCUCCUCAUCCAACCCAACAUUCGUGUCCAUGUUCCUCAUCCUCCAUGUAACAAUGGUCAUCGCCACUUACAGGCAUAUAAAGUUAUCGAUCCAGCCAAGCAAAGUGCCACCGGCCUUCACUGCCAUAUUGAUGAAGAAAUUUUGCAGACGAUGCGUUGUGCUGGCCCUUCAUAUGGUCAACUCAUCUUCUACAACCGUGGACAUUGCGUUGUUGUUGAUCCUUUUAGAGGUACCAAGGUUUCACCUCCACGUCUCCCAUUGUGUGAUGACUAUAGGAAGCUCAACUGGUCUGAUAUUCCAUUCAAUCAAAAAAUCAUGGAGCUCCAACAACUAGUUACAGAGUCUUACUGCAGCGCCAUUCUAACAGCUCCCCUUGCAUCACCAAACUCGCAUAUGCUUGUUAGCACCGGCCUCUCCUUAUUUAGUUGGCCGGUUGGAAGUGAUACUUGGUCUGAACUCCAGUGUUCUGGUGUACAAAUAAUUCAGAUUGUGGAAUUCAACGGCCAAUUCAUUGCCAUGGACCUUCGACAACAGAUAUACACUUUGGAGGUGGCCCCCAAGCUUAGACUGCAGGAGAUAACCACUAACCACCCCCCUGACUUGACCAAGAGUUCCCAAGACCCGUCUAAAACAUCAUGGCUAGUGGUCUGCGGUGACAUGCUUCUGAUGUUGGUCCAUUCUUGCACGAGUAUUCACUACAAUGCCAGUGUGCCAUUUGUCCGCACGGUCCAUUACCUUGACAUGUCAACCAAGCCUGCAAAAUGGGUGGAUAUGGAAAAGCUGGACAAUUGGGCCAUCUUCACGGGGAGUGAUAUCAGGGGUACAUCAUUUUCUUGCAUGAACCCAGAACAUUGGGGAGGAAGGAGCAGAUGUCUAUAUGUUGCUCGUUCCCCUAAACCUUGGAGUGAAUAUGGGUUAGGCAAUGAGCCAGAUCCAUCUGUUGAUCCCGUUCAUCAGCACUUCAGGAUCUGGUGCCACCUGAUGCAACCCCUUUGGGUGUACCCGAGCAUGCUCUAUUCGGAUGGCCCUUGAUCAUCACGUGUACCUACAACUUGCUGUCUAUAUGCUCAAAUUUAUUGGGAAAUUUCCUCUUCUGCAACUCGGGUAUGAGUUUGGAGAUGUUCAUGGCGACAUUGGCACUCGGAAUUCAGCCUUUGUCUUAUAUUUUGGUGCCCCGGUUUCUAAUACUUUUAAGAGAUGUUUAUGGUGGUUGUGUUACUGCUUAAGCUGAACCUCCUAGCCUUCUAUAGUUUUUUUUUGUGAUGUUUAAUGUUGCACUGGAUAGAUGUGUGAUACUUUUAACUAUUUGUUGCUUCAUUUUC